ACAGCGGUGAUGGCGGGCAGACAGUUUGGCUGCAGCCGGGCGGCUCUUCUACAGCUCCUUCUCGGUGUGAACCUGAUGGUGAUGCCACCUGCCCAGGCCCGGAGUCUGCGUUUCGUUACCUUGCUGUACCGACAUGGAGACCGUUCGCCAGUGAAGACGUAUCCCAAGGACCCCUAUCAGGAAGACAUAUGGCCCCAAGGGCUUGGUCAGCUAACCAAGGAGGGGAUGCUGCAGCACUGGGAGCUGGGCCAGGCUCUGCGACAGCGCUACCAUGGCUUCCUCAACACCUCUUACCACCGGCAAGAGGUUUAUGUUCGAAGCACAGACUUUGACCGGACUCUCAUGAGUGCUGAAGCCAACCUGGCUGGACUCUUCCCUCCUGACGGAAUGCAGCGCUUUAGCCCAAACAUCUCUUGGCAGCCUAUCCCCGUCCACACUGUGCCCAUUGCCGAGGACAGGGUAAGACUGGCCAGCUCUUCCCUAGAGGUGGUGACAGGGACAGCUGUGGCCAUUGGCCUGCUGACUCCCGGCUCCUUCUCUGCCUGUUUCCCCCACGUCGGUCUGCAGCUGCUGAAGUUCCCGUUGGGCCCAUGUCCCCGUUUUGAACAGCUGCAGAACGAGACCCGGCGGACACCGGAGUAUCAGAAUGAGAGUAUUCAGAAUGCACAAUUCCUGGACAUGGUGGCCCACGAGACGGGACUUACGGACCUGACACUGGAGACCGUCUGGAAUGUCUACGACACCCUCUUCUGUGAGCAGACACACGGGCUGGUCCUGCCGCCCUGGGCCUCGCCCCAGACCAUGCAGCGCCUGAGCCGGCUAAAGGACUUCAGCUUCCGCUUCCUCUUCGGGAUCUACGAGCAGGCAGAGAAGGCCCGGCUGCAGGGGGGAGUCCUGCUGGCUCAGAUACGGAAGAACCUGACCCUGAUGGCGAGCAGCUCCCAGCUCCCUAAGCUGCUGGUCUACUCUGCGCAUGACACCACCCUGGUGGCUCUGCAGAUGGCGCUGGAUGUCUACAAUGGCGAACAGGCCCCCUACGCGUCCUGCCACAUGUUUGAACUGUACCAGGAAGAGAACGGGAAUUUCUCGGUGGAGAUGUACUUUCGGAAUGAGAGUACCAAGGCCCCCUGGCCCGUGACCCUGCCCGGCUGCCCCCACCGCUGCCCGCUGCAGGACUUCCUUCGCCUCACAGAGCCUGUCGUGCCCAGGGACUGGCAGCAGGAGUGCCAGCUGGCAAGCAGCCCUGCAGACACGGGUGAGCUUCUGCCUGCCUCCAUGUUGGUCAUGCCCCGGAACCGCGUGCAGUUCACACCCACAGGUCUCGAGAGCGCUGAUGCACUUCCAGCCAUCCUAUUGCAGGUCCCUAGACAGUUCAUUCCCCACCCUCAGGCGCACUCCUCACCCUCAGGCAACGCCCCUCUUCCUAUACCAUGAGGAAAUAAAAGCAAUGGGAGAGAACUGCCUUGUCCUCCCGCCACCAGAUGUUCCAGCUUACUUGCUGGUACCAGCUGCCACCUGGGGCCAUCCUUUCCACUCACACUGCGGGUCCUUCUCGUCUGACCUCCACACGGACCCCCAAUGCUCAAUGUUUCUGCUCUACUGGAUCAGUCUCAUAUCAAAGUCUAACAAAAACAUCUUUGGCCCACAUCCUUCUCCAGCUGCCACUCCCUUUCUCUCUCCCCUUUAUGGGGGGAAUCCUUCAAAGAGUUGCCUGGAUUCUGGUGUCACUUCCUCACUGCCCAUUCUCUCAGAUGCACACUGGACAGUCUUGUGUCCCCUGCCACUCCAUGGAAGCCAUUCUUGUCAAGGACCAGUGACCUUCUCUUACCAAAGCCAGUGACCAGGGGCUUCCUAGGUGGCGCAGUGGUUAAGAAUCUGCUUGCCAAUGCAGAGGACAUGGGUUCAAUCCCUGCUCCAGGAAGAUCCCACAUGCCACAGAGCAACUAAGCCUGUGUGCCCAAAAAAAAAAAAAAAAAAAAAAGCCAGUGACCAGUUCUUAGUCAGCUUCUUUCACUUCUCAGCAGCAUUACGGAAUCGGUCACUUUCCUUCAACACUUUCUUGGCUUCUCUCCUGACUCACAGGCAGCUUCCUUUACUAGCAUCUCCUCCCCACUAACCAGUGGAUGGCCCAGGGCUCAGCCUGGCUCUUUCCCCAUCGAUGCCCACUUCCAGGGUGAGCUUACUCAGUCUCAUGGCUUUAUAUACCAUCGCCAUGCUAAGUUCUGUCUUUUUAUGACUCACAGAUUCAUGACCUCUUCUCUGAGCUACAGGUUCAUAUAUCCAGCUGCUGACUUGAGGUCUCUACAUGGAUGUCAGCUAAGGCACGUCACAGUUGAAGUCUAAAUCCAAAUGCUCUUCCCCCAAAACUGCUCUUCCUCCAGGCUUCCCCACCUUAGUAAAUGCCAUAUUCACCACCUAGGUGCACAGCAUAACCCAGAGAGCUAUCCUGAAUACCUCUUUCUCAGACCCCCACCUCCAGACCACUAGCAGAUCCUACCCAGUCUAUAGAGUACACGCUCUUUCUCCCCAGCCCAGUCUGCCACCGUCUCUUGCCUGAAGUACUGCAAAGCUUCCUAACGUUCUUGCUGAUGCUCUUCUUGGCCCUGCCAGUCUAUCGGCACAGCAGAGUUUUUUUUUAAAACAUAAAUCCAUUCACAUCAUUACCCUUCUCAGAAUCUUCCAGUGGCUUCCCAUCACAUUUGGAAUAAAAUCCAAGUUCUUUAUCAUAGCCUCCAGGCCCUACUUGGUCUGGUCCUCUGCCCUCAUCUCCUCUUUGUUCCUCACAUACUCUGCUCUAGUGAUACUGACUUUCUUGCUGGUCCUAGACCACGCCGAGCUAAUUCCCUUUUGCAUUUGCUUCCUGUCCACCCGCCACCCCACCCCUAGGACACUCUUCUCUCAGAUCUUUUGUAUCUCAGUGACUCCAGUCUCUGUUCAAAUUGUUGCUUUCUUAGUGGCAUCUUCCCUGACUGACCUACCUCUCCAUCAUUUCCCCCUUUCCUCCCUUUGCUUUUCUUUAUGGCCGUGGCCACUAACCUAGCAUUUCUGUCAUUUGCCUGUUAUGGCAUCU